GAGGUGAGGCGCGAAUUUCACUUCGAACAGGCUGCUCAUCCCACCCACAUUCCAAUUACAACUUGGUGGUGCCCACGCCGUCACACUGCUCUCCAACACACUUAUGUCCCCUCCUAGCUCUGACUCAGCCGCUCGUGUCCCCAGCAGCCCUAGGCUGUCACGUCGAGAACCGUUUUAGCGAUUCCUCUUUCGUGUCAUGCAGCCGUUUCUAGGAGCGUCUCUAUCCCAGACUCACCCCGAAAUCGCGGAAGCCAUUCCUUAGCAGCUACUACUAAUUAGCGUCCCCAAUUUUAUUUCACCUUCAUUGCGUGCCUUCAAGACGCACAUGGUAGGGGACGGCGCUUACCCGCCAAUAACUAUGAACCCGCCUCUUCGUUCAACUUAAUCCAAUCUCUCCGUCUCAGUCGUCGUUCGAAGCAGUAGCCUUCCACAGCAGCAACAGCAGCAGAGGGGUCAGGAGCAGGAGCAGCAGGAGCAGCAGGAGCAGCAGGAGCAGCAGGAGCAGCAAGAGCAGCAGGAGGAGGCAGAAUCACAGGCAGAAGGAAGGUAAUUCCAAUGUGAACGGUACCAGCGCGUGCCCCCAUGUGCGGCGACCAGCCGUGACAGCGCAACUGAGUCUCUCAAUUGCCAUGGCAGUGCUCAAGACACCGCCUGAGAACGCCAAAGCCACACCUAUUUCACGCAUCCUACAGGCGAGUCCUUCGCAAUAGAUGCAGCGGAAGCCAUGGCUACGCCCCCGCACGACCCCACUCACAACAUGACUGACGGCGCGUCCCACCUCUGGACGCUCUCCCCUCCACAUGUCCAAGAUAACGCGCCGAUCGCCAAACUCUCUCCCGUCGUGGUUUGCCAACAGCCCGCUGGCGAGCCAUCUGAAGCCGCCUUUCACGAGCCUUUCUCGUCUCAGCUCCGACUGCUGAGGCCAUUCCACGGGGACUCGCGACUUUCUUCGUCGACACUCGGGAGGUCUGCGAUGGUGUCGGCGAUGGGAUCGACGUGCUCGCUGGAUUCGCCACUCCUCCACAUCCCCUCGGUCCAAUCGAUCACGCCUAACGCUUCGCAAUCAUCGUUGCAUGCAUCGUCGACGUCGUCGCAUGCCUCUUCCCCGUGCAUCACACCAAGCGCGUCUGCGACCGCCUUCUCGGCGCUCAAUUCCCCGCCAGAGUCCCCCCGCGCAUCCCCGCACGCCUUUUCCGCCGCUGAUUCCCCCUCUCUGUCGCCGCCCUUCACUCACGCAUCGCAACGCCCCGACGCUCCGCUCCCUUCUCCCCGGCCCUCCUCUGCGACGUCGUGGCCCCCGUCUGCGACAUUCCCUGCGAUGCAACCUGCGACUGCGGCAACCCCGAGCAAGCACACUGGAGCUUCAAGCUGCUUCAACCACGGUUCCCCCCACUCCCCCGCUCCCUUGGGAUGCGCCCAUUCCGCUGCACUUACCGCACGCGCCCGAUCCCCCGCUUCCGCUGUCCCCGGGCCCGCAUCUGCGCCGUGCUCGCCGCUGAAGCCGUGGCGGGAGAAGCGGCAUCACGCGGGAAGAGGGGCGCGGAGUGGUUCCGCUUUGGCGGCGGUGACGCGAUGGGUGGUGGCGGCGGCCGCGAGCGGGUACGCGGGCGACAGCGUGUCACUCAGUGACGUGGAGGUGGUUGCGGGGGCGCUGAAAGCGGGAGCGUCGGGGAAGGCGAUGGCACUGGCGGCUAGCGUUGCGCGGAGGAGCAUUCGGAGGAAUUUUCUGGUGGGCGUGGUGGCGCUGCUGCUGUGUAGCGUGCUGCUGAAUGUCGGCACCAUGACCGCCACCACUACCGCCACCACGAGCACGAGCACGAGCACGACAACGACAACGGCGACAACGGCGCAGGAGCAGUGGCAGCAGCUGCCGCUCUCUCUCGCAUCCCUUCGCUUCCUCCCCUCGGCCUUUUCCCGUUCCUCUGUGACAACGGCGACACUUGCGACUUCUGCGACCCACUCUGCGACGGUCUCAGCUGUGGUCCCCCGCGGGCUGACUGCCAAGGAGAACGGCGUGCUUGUGACUGUAUCGGGUGGCGCGCCAGGAGAGCUCUCGAGACGAGCUCCGGAGGCCCAAGCGGCAGGGCCGGCUGGGGUGGUGGGGCGAGUGGAAUCUGUCCAAGACAGGGAAACCGGAUGGGGUGACAGGGAAGAUGGCACAGCAGUAGGACAAACAGGAGGAGGAGGAGGGGGGGGGGAGGAGAGCCGCGAGGAGGUUCUGGAGGCGAGACGAGAGGUGUAGUAGGUGCUGCCGCCGCGGCGGUUGGGGCGGCUGCGGGUGUGGUGGCGAACGGUGGAGCAGGAAACGA